AAAACUAUUUUGAAUACUCAUGUUGUCGACGAUUUUGUAAAUACGAUUAUUUACAAAGAAAACAAUGAGACUGGAUGUAAUCACAAAAAAUAACAAUAUCCUAUGACUAGUAAGUAGAUAAUAACUUAUGCCAAUGAUAUUAGGAUGGAGCGUAUGGAUUUGAGUUUUAAAUCCAUCAUAAAAGUUUUGGAAACAAAAUUAUACACAUUUUUUGUUUCAUUUAUUACAAUUUGUAGAUUUGGGUUCAGAAUUUUUAAUACAUUACAACCCUUUAAUUUUUGAAAAUUAAUUGUUUAACUCUAAUAUUGUUUUUCGCAAGUUCCAGUUUCUUUUCUAUGAAAUUAUAUCUACAUAAUGUGUAUACUAGUUAUGGUUUAGCUAUAUAAUUUCUUCUAGUAGUAAAUUCUUACAAAAUAAAGAUACGCGAUAAUGGACAAUCCAUACUCGAUUAAAUUCACAUUUGUAAGCCCAAAUUUAUGUAAAUGUUGGAGCGUAUUAGCAUUUACAGAAAGUUGAGAAUACGUAUAAACAAUGGUUAAAUUCGAUUGGCAGGUUAUUUCUUAACAACAAAAUAACUUAAAACAUUAAUAAUUUAGAAAUAUUCUAUUUUGAUAGUAUUUAGUUUAAACAAUAAGUAUAUUUAUUUUUUCUAAAUUUUCUAAAUAUGUUAGAGAAAACUCAUAUUAACGGUCACAUUUUAUUUAACGUUAAACUGCAUUAAUUAAUUUCUUAUGUUCACUUGAAAAUACGUUUAUGUUUGUGUUUGAGUGUUUAAUCUCUUAUAAAUAUGAGACAAAAUUUCAUUCUAAAAUACCAGAUACAAACAUUUUAAUAUAUUAUAUUAAUAACAUUUGCCACUUAUUUCGAAAACAUUGGCACAAUGGCUCACACUUCUUCCCGAACUACUAUCGUAUUCAUUGUUGUUGCUUUGAUUUGUGCGUUCGUUCCUGCAUUCUCUGUUGAAGAAGCUGAAGCAAAAUCACUAUGGGAUACCUGUCUUCUUAAAAUCAGUCCAAAAUGUGCGUUGGAUAUAAUUGGUGUUGUCUUUGAAAAUUUAACCAUCACUGAUGCAUGUUGUCAUGAUCUUGUACAAGAAGGAAAAAUGUGUCACGAUACUCUUAUCAAAUAUAUUGCUGAGAAGCCGCAUUUAGUUGCCCACGAAACAGAGUAUUUGAAGAAAAGUGAUGAUUUGUGGACUCAUUGUGUCUCAGUUUCGCAAACUGCUUAAAAAUAUGUUAUGCUUGUAUUGAUCUACAAAAUUUUUAUUUAACUAUCGUUAAAUUUUAUUUGAUCAAAAAUCGUGGAUCAAACAGUAUGCAAUAUAAAGAGACCAUCAAGUGAAUCUCAUUCUAAAUGAAUCAAUACAUAUAUUAACUCAAUUGAAAAACAAUGUGCUAACCAUACAAGAUUGUUAAACU